GAACAAGGCAUGAAGAGGCUGCUGGCAGCCCUUUGGCUGCCCUUUUUGAUAGGGACUGCAGCUCAUGAAUUGAGAGUGGAAAACAAUCUGAAGAAACAAAUGAAACUUGAGCCAUUCAGAAAUUUUCAUCAUUAUUGCAAGCUGCAAAGUUUAUCUCACCCUGCCUCAUCUUCAGUUCACACACUGACACCAUCAGACAUUCAAGCAGUAGCUGCCAUUGGAAACUUGGGAAAUAUUGGAGAUUCUAGAAUGCACCGUGCAGGCCUGCAGCAAAGCACACAAGGGAGUUUCAUCCAGACAAGCAUGGAAACCUUAACAGCACUUGUAAGUGGAUUUAAUCCAUCUGUGCAGGAUUAUUCUUCCUUUGGAAACAGCAGGGCUCUCUCACAAAUGGGAACUAGCAGCCUUUUGGAACAAGCUGAAGAACUCAUACGCAGUAUGAAAGACAGCCAAGUCCGAAAACUUAACCUGUAUGUCAGGGUACAUGAGAAAAAGACCUAA